UAUUUUUGUUGGGUGGUAUUUUUGUUUAGGUAAACGUCAAAAUAUCGCUUAAACUUUUUUUGGAGUUAUUGUAUUUUAUAAUAAUGUCGGCGAGUGAAUCUACUGAAGGGGAUGAGGGGAGUGAUAAUUAUUAUUUGGAGUUAUCAAUAAAUCCAGUGAGAUUUGAAUCACUUACUUGUGUUAAUAAUGUUUUUUUUGACGACUCCAAACACCAGGUAUUUGCCGUAAGAUCCGGAGGAAUAACGACAGUAACUGGACCAAAUGACGUGUUUACAUUCAAAAUGGAAGAUAAAGGCCAAGUGAUAUCAAUUAAAUUUUCAGCGGAUAUGAAUAUUUUAGCCAUACAAAGAACAUACACGUCCGUUGAGUUUGUAAAUUAUAAUCCAGGUACUGGACUAGACACCACUGAAUAUUCCCAAGCCUGUAAAAGUAAAAAUGCGACCAUCCAAGGGUUCGUUUGGACCCACGGUAAUGAAAUUUUGCUCAUAACCGAUCAUGGAGUUGAACUGUUUUCCGUAAAUCCCGCGAAAAAAAAUGUCAAAGCGCUUAAAUCAUUAAGUUUAGGAGUAAAUUGGUACGUUUAUUGUCCCAGAAGCAACAUGAUUUUAUUGUCAUCCGGGACAAUUGGCAAUCAAAUGCAGGCAUUGCAUAUCACACCUGGAAAUUUACAUAAAAUAACUAAAUUUGAAAUGGAAGCGAUUCCAGCAAAACCUGGGAAGUUGGCAGUUUCUGACAGAGACGUAGUACUGGCAGUACUCUACGGCACUCCGAGUAUUGUCGUUCUAAGGCAUCAAUAUGAAGCUAAUAAAUCUAUAAGUGCUUAUGUUUGUGUUUAUACUGUUCAUAAAAUGUUAACAAUUAAAAAGAGUCAUAUAUUAAAAUUAGAUUUACGAGGAAGAUUUGCUAUUAAUGUCGUUGAUAAUCUUAUUAUUGUUCAUCAUCAAGCAUCAAAGACAUCAAUGAUAUUUGAUAUAAUGUUAGGUGGUGUAAGUGAUGGUACAGUAAUGCACCAUACCAGCGUAGCAAUACCUAAACCUAUAAAACCAUACAAUCUUAAAGUCCAAGGUGCUACGUUAUCUGAACAAGUUAUUCAACCUUGUCCACUUUAUUCGGAAAAUUGGGUCGUCUUUCAGCCAAACAUAAUUAUUGACAUAAAACUGGGAUGCUUGUGGUACAUUGAAUUACAUUUAGAAGCUCUGAUUAAACUUAUUAGUGAUAAAGUUCAGCUGAUUGAAUUUUUUAUUCAACGAAAAAAUGCCAAAAUAAUUUUAUUACAGGUAUUGCAAAAUUAUGUUAAUGAUUUACCGACGACCCUCAUUGAUAUGCCGGCUAUUUUUGAUAAAAUAAAUUCGGUUUAUCGCGGGCAUUUGGAAAAUGAAAUUCAGAGCCAGAUGGGUACACCGUUACAAAAUGUAUCAAAAAAUACUGAAGUCUUUGAUAAUCUUUCUUAUAAAUUAUUAUUAGAUCAAAGCGAUAUGUAUACACAUAUAUUAUCAAAAUUUUCAGCUGAUUUGAUCGAACCGAAAAUGGUUAUUUGGGUUUUACUUGAAUAUAUAAGAUCAUUAGUAGAACAUGGGAUACCGGUGCAACACUUUAUAUACGAGUUAGUAAUAACGACUUUAGUUCAGCGUAAAGCGUACUAUCAGUUGCAUCAGUUACUCCAGUACCACGUCGUAGCUGACUCAAAACCAUUGGCUUGUUUGCUUUUAUCCUUGGAAAAUUUGUAUCCAGCGGCGCAUCAACUAGCACUGGAUAUGCUAAAGCGUUUAGGAAGCGCCCACGAGGAAAUAAUUGAAGUUUUGCUAUCCAAAGGCCAUAUAUUACCUGCCUUAAGGUACGUACGAUCUGUCGGAAUGGCGGAUCAGGUGUCAGCCCGGAAGUUUCUGGAAGCCGCCAAAGCCCUCGAUGACCCGACGAUUUUUCAUUCCGUCUACAAAUUUUUUGAACAACGGAAUCUGAGGCUGCACAACACAACUGCAUUCACUCGCGGGGAACAUUGUCAGUCUUAUGUCCAGCAUUUUGAAUUUUUAUUCCGUGGCAUAGAGAACAUGAACGUCAGUUUGAAUUCAAGUAUUUCUACUGUUUCUCUACAGGAUUAAUCCCAAUUUUUUUUCACCAUUAAAUAAUUAAUUAUAAAAAAAUUAACAAGUGCAAUUAGUUUGUAUUACUGUAAUUAUAAAAAUUGAAUAAAAAAAUUAUAUAUAUAUAAA